CUCAUUCCAGACAUAUCGCACUCACUCAUCCACAUCCACCAUGUCCCACGACGAAGAAAUGGCCGACGCGACCAGCGGCGCAGAAGUCAACGGAGCAGAGGAGGAGAUCGUGAUUGGAAAGCAGCGACUUACACUGCUUCGCGGCUCCACCGAUACAGCAGCAUCAUUCGCAUUCGAAAAAGAAGACCAUACUCUCGGCAACGUGCUGCGAUAUCUCAUUUCGAAAAAUCCCGAUGUCGAAUUCGUGGGAUACUCCAUCCCCCACCCUUCCGAAGCAUUUAUGAAUUUGCGAAUCCAAACCUGGGACAACGUCAGCGUAUUCGAAGUCUUACGAAAAGGCCUCCAAGAUCUCGAAGAUAUGUGCGAUGUGAUUGAAGAGAAAUUUGUGGCUUCGCGGGAUGAAUUCAAAAUUUCGCAUCCGGAUGGUGGACCGGCGGAGAGAUGAUGAAGAAUAAGAAGAAGAAGGCAUGCAUGAUUUUUUUUUCUCUUUUUUCCUUUUCUUUUUCCAUGUUGGGAGAGAGGGAGGGAGGGAGAGAGAGAGAGAGAGAGAGAGAGAGAGAGAGAGAGAGAGAGAGAGAGAGAGAGAGAGAGAGAGAGAGAGAGAG